AUGGAUGACGAUGCAAAGACGACGAUGCAAAGACGACGAUGCAAAGACGACGAUGCAAAGACGACGAUGCAAAGACGACGAUGCAAAGACGACGAUGCAAAGACGACGAUGCAAAGACGACGAUGCAAAGACGACGAUGCAAAGACGACGAUGCAAAGACGACGAUGCAAAGACGACGAUGCAAAGACGACGAUGCAAAGACGACGAUGCAAAGACGACGAUGCAAAGACGACGAUGCAAAGACGACGAUGCAAAGACGACGAUGCAAAGACGACGAUGCAAAGACGACGAUGCAAAGACGACGAUGCAAAGACGACGAUGCAAAGACGACGAUGCAAAGACGACGAUGCAAAGACGACGAUGCAAAGACGACGAUGCAAAGACGACGAUGCAAAGACGAUG